ACAAGCCGCAGUAGGGACCUGCGCAUCUGGUAUUGCUUUACACAUCUCUAUUGACUGUUGUCUUUGACUAAUAUUGACAGAAAAUGUCUAUAUUUUAUUGAACUUUUUUGAUGACUUGUCAAUUUAAAUUGCUUACUUUUACAAUUUAUAUAUUUUUACUAUCAGGCGUUUUAUUACUACAAUAAGUAGGUAAAUUUCUGUUUUAAUAGUCUUAAAAAGGUCCUCUUAUAUACUUCUACGUUUAAAGUAGAAUAAACUACUUGCUAGAUAUGAAUUCAGAAAUGAGUGAGGAUGAAAUGGAAGCUAACAAAAUGCGAAAUGCUCUUACUGCUAUCGCAAAUGAAAUGCAAAAGCUUCACAGUGAAACUGCAUCUUCAAAUGAAACAGAAAAGAAUGAAAAUGGAGAAACUUUAAAUAAACUUAUAAAAUGCAAGACAAAUCUUAAUUUGAGAAAGAUUCAAAUUAAAAAACUAAAAAGAAAUCUCCGAACAGCAUGUGUCGUUGCUAAAACUAUGUCAUCAGCUAAGGCAGCCGAAGCAGCAUCACUCAGUACCCAUUUAGAUAUUACAAGAAGUAAAUAUAUGGACUUAGUACACCAACAGAGUGAAAAAAAUGAAGUAAUACACCAAUUGAAUGGAGAAAACCGCGCUCUCCGUAAUCGGCUAGAUUUUUACAACAACAUUAUUCAAUUAGGAUAUAAAGAGUUACAAAAUAUGCGAAAUGAAUGCGAAGAAAAUAUUUCUUUUGCCGAACAAUUGAAACAUAUUAUUGUUUGCUGUGGACAGUAUUACGCAGAUCAUUUUAAUGAACAUGAGAGAUGUACUCGAUUAGAACAGAAAAAUAGGUUCUUGAAUACUAAAAUAGUCAUAAUGGAAAGUAAUUUGAAAGCAGCUACAGACGAACUCCGAAAUCUUCGUACUUGCAUAAAACCUUACCGUGAGAAAAGAGACACUCCAACAAAUUCACGGCAUUGCAUUGACGUGGUAUGCUCGGAGUACAAAAUGGGUUCUCACCAAAGAAACUUUGCAAAUGUAACCAUGACGUUUGAACUAAAUAAUUGCUCUUCACCGACUUCUAUGAAAGAUCUAGACCUAACCAGCCACUUAAAGACAGUUAAAAAACUUCUCGAUGAUCAAGAUAAUCUCAUAAAAGAUUUGAAAAGUCUUUCAAAGGGAAUAAAUGUUGAUGAAACAUAUUUAACUUAUUUUAUUUACAUUUACUUACAGCGUCUGUUUGUAAGUACCCAUCCUAAAGGCCAUGAAACUCCUUAA